AUGGCCCCACCAGCAUUCUUACUCGUAUUUUCGGACCCCGGGAGCGGCGUUGAUGAAGCCGAGUACAACGACUGGUACGAAAACGAGCACAUCCCGCUCCGCGUGAAUACACCUACGUUCCUCAAUUGGACGCGAUGGAAGGCUGCCGACGGCGAAAAACCAACCUACGGAGCUUCAUACGACCUGGAAUCGUAUGAGGCGACCAAGAAGCCGCCGUAUACUACGCUCGCGGAGACGAGAAGCGACAGAGAGAAGGAGAUCUUGAAGAAGCUGCAGGUGCUGGACAGGCGACACUACGAGCUAUACGAAGGCCCGUCGUACCCGCCGUCGACGCUGUACGAUGAACACACCCCAGCACCGUACGUGGUCUUCGUCUCGCUCGGGGUGAAGCCUGAGGAUGAGGAUGAGUUCAACAAAUGGUACGACGAGGAACACAUCCCGCUGCUCGCAAAGGCACCGGGCUGGAUCAGGAGCCGGAGGCUCGUGCUGAAGGACUGGGGCCAGAUGGGAUUAGAGGGGCAGAAGGGACAGAAGGAGCCGCCAAAGUUCCUGACGGUGCACGAGUGGCAGUCGCUGGAUGGACUCCAGAGCGAGGAGUACAAGGCAGCGAUGAACACGGCGUGGAGGGAAAAGGUGAUGGCGGGGGUGGUGUCGAGGGAGAGGCGGGUGAUGGAGUUCCUGAGAAAGUGGGAGAAACCUGUCGGACGGCUGUGA